AUGGAAGAACGGUGUAAAGGGUAUGUGAGGGCGGCGGACAUGAUUGACAUAAAGAGGUUGGACGAGCAGCUUGACAAGCAUAUCAACCGAUUAUGGGCGAUGGAGAACGACCAAAAAGGAAAUAAAUUAAGAGUCACCGCCAGAGAGGACUGGGAAAUCGAUCCCGACAAGCUUCUCAUAAAACAACCGAUUGCUCGCGGUGCUUUUGGUACGGUCCACAGAGGGCUCUACAAUGGCAAAGACAUCGCUGUUAAAGUGCUGAACUGGGAAGAAGAGGGACAGAGAACAGAAGCUAAAAUAGUUUCGCUUUGGACUGCUUUUAGACAGGAGGUUUCUGUUUGGCAUAAGCUUGAUCACCCUAAUGUUGUUAAGUUCAUAGGAGCUACAAUGGACACAUCAGCCUUAAAAACCAACGGUACACGUAGCAAGCGAACGGGGAUGCCAAGUAUUAAUGGUGCUUGUGUUCUUAUCGAGUAUCUUCCUCGGGGUACGCUGAAAUCUUACCUGAUAAAGAACAUGGGAAGGAAGCUGCCUUUCAAAAUUGUCAUUCGACUCGCGCUAGAUCUUGCCAGAGGGUUGGAUUAUCUUCACUCCAUGAAGGUUGUUCACAGAGACAUAAAGACAGAAAACAUGCUUCUUGACAAGAAUCUUACUCUAAAGAUAACAGAUUUUGGAGUUGCUCGUUUUCAGGCUAUGAAUCCUAAUGAGAUGACAGGCAAUACAGGGACCCCUGGCUACAUGGCUCCUGAGGUCAUGGAAAAUGAACCAUAUGACAGAAAAUGUGACGUGUACAGUUUUGGAAUUUGCUUGUGGGAGAUAUAUUGCUGUGAUAUGCCAUAUGCUCAAAUCAGAUCAUCAGAUUUAGCUUCAUCUGUUUUGUAUCAGAAUAUGAAGCCAGAGAUACCCAGGUGCUGCCCAAGCUCUCUAGCACAAGUCAUCACGCAGUGCUGGGAUCCAGUCCCCAACAAAAGACCAGACAUGAAAGAGGUGGUAAACAUGUUAGAAGCCAUUGACACUUCAAAGGGCAGAGGGAUGACCCCUUUGCAUGAACCACAGGGUUGCCUUUUCUCCUGCUGCCUGUGAGGGCCGCUGCAGAGGAGAGCUUGGAAUAAGCCUCUGCUGGUUCAUACUUGGCUCUAGAGGCAUUAUAAAGAGGCAUAAUGGAGAUUAUCUGUUCCCGGCCGGAGG